ACAGGAUGGGAUUUUUUAAGCGCUGGUUUUGAUGCUCAGUUUUCUGGUUUUCGUUUCUGAUUUUUCAUGACGGAUAAUUGCAAACACGUCCUCAAAGUAAAGACAAGCAUCCAGUUAGGAAUACUCUCCCCCGAACACUGGCAUUGCAGCAAAUGCCAUACAACAGAAAGUGUUUGGGCCUGUCUGUCAUGUAGCAACUUCGCAUGUGGUCGUUAUAUUUCUGAGCAUGCGUUGCAACACUUUCAACAAACAAAUCAUCCUUUGUGCAUAGAAGUGAAUGAAAAAUUUGUAUACUGUUAUAUAUGUGAUGAUUUUGUUCUCAAUGAUAACGCUCCGGGUGAUAUUAAACUUCUCCGCAUGGCUUUGGAUGCAGUCACUACUCAAGAUUUCGGCAAGCUUCUCAAACAAAAAAAAGGCAGACGAAUUCUUAGGUUUCGUGGUAAAGACGCUGAAAAGAACGGUUUACGUCUGUUAAAGGCAGAUGAUAUACAAACUGCAGUUGUCCGAAACAGAAUUUCUUGUCUUUCAUGGGCAUUACAUCUUUGGUGGUCAAGGUACGCUGAGUUGAGACUUUACGCAGUUAACCCCAAGAAAAAGACAAAAAACAGAAAGAUACCACUGACCCUAACUCCUGCAUUUACAGGUUUGCGCAACUUGGGAAACACCUGUUACAUGAAUUCAAUACUGCAGAUUUUACGUCACACUGCUCCUUUCGCCAAUUAUAUCAUGAACCAUACGUUGAGUGAAAUUAAUUCUCAUUCAAGGAAACGCCGCAGCCACCUUGAUGAUUUAUCGAUUGGAGACCCAGUGUGUCCUGUCAAGCGACAAGCAAUGACAUCAUUACUUUCGAAAAACCAAAUGAUAACUCACAACUAUGAAAAUUUAUGGAGUUCACUACCUACCAAGACACCCUCAUGUUCCCCAAAUACAGAAAAUAGUUUUGGUCCUUGUUGUGAUCCAAAUUUAAUUUCUGUAAGAAAGAAUAUCAUUCCUAAGUGCAAAUCCUUCGGUGGUUUAAAUGGCGGCCAGUGUCCGAAGUUUUUGUAUGACUGUUAUCAGCAAUCACCUUCGUCAUCGCUAGUUAACCCGCAAGUAUCAUCAAUACCUUCUCUUUAUGAAGAAAUACAUAAUUUAUUUAAGCUAUUAUGGUCAGGUCAAAGGUCUAUUGUCAGUCCAAGUAACCUCUUAAGUGUUGUUUGGGCCACCCUUCCAACAUUUAAAGGAUAUAAGCAACAGGAUGCCCAGGAAUUUUUGAGUUUGUUACUUGACCGUUUGCAAGCAGAACUACAUGGUGUUCCAAUGUCUGUCUCUGUUAGUGGUUGUGAUUUUAUCACUCGCGCUUUCCGUGGAUAUUCCGUGAGUCAUAUACAAUGCUCUACUUGUCAUGUAACCGCUUGUACUGAAGAGCCGAUUUAUGAACUUAGUCUUUCACUACCCACCAAAUGCCAUUCCGAUGAGUCGUGUACAUUUGAUAUAGUAGAUUUGCUUCGUCAGUUUGUUAGCCCCUCUCCAAUUGAUGGAGCCAGUUAUGCCUGUGUUAAAUGCAAUCAGUGUUCAGAAAUAAAUAAAGAAGAAACAGAUUUCACGGGACCGGCACUCAAUCAGUGCAGUUAUGAUUCAAAUGAUCAUUUAGGCAAUUUGUCUUAUCCUGUGAAUAAACUUAUAUCUAUCGCUCUGUCCAGGCUCGCAUCUCCAUCUUGUAGUCCUCAGUUAUCUUACCCUGAUUUCAGUACAUCAUGCGAGUUAACUGAAACUUUUUCACUGUCAGAAAGUCCAUUAUCCGCUACUUCAAGUGUAACUGGUCUUGAAGAACAAUACACUAAUCCACCGAUUGAAAGAUCAUUCCAAAUUACUCAGUCAUCCGUUGUUCAAUCCCCAAUCAUCACUUCACCUAAGAAUUCUGCAACUCCUCUUCCUAAGAACUCAUUAUUAACUCAUGCAACCCAAACGAUUCGCCUUUCUAAACUCCCACGAGUUUUGCGGUUACAUAUUAAACGAUUCCGUUGGGUUGGUAGACAAAGAGAAAAACUAACAUGUCACGUAUCAUUUCCUCUUAUUUUGAAUAUGAGUGAAUUUGUGUUAAAUGAUGUAGACAGAGCAGAAUGUCAUCAGCCUCAUUUACACCAGACAAAAUCUGAUCAUAUAGAUGAACCUAAAGCCUCUAUAGAUAACUCACACUGUCAUCAGUCGUCCAUAUUCACUUUGCCAAAAGAGUUUGAGAAAAGUUCACUGAAGUAUCUUUAUCAUUUGACCGGUGUUGUCGUGCAUCAUGGGCGAGGAUUUCAGUCUGGUCAUUAUACUUCUUACUGUUUGAAUGAUAAUCCAGAGUGUUGGUUGCAUUGCAAUGAUGCUAAUGUAUCUUUAUGCGAUUUCUCAGAAGUAGCAUCGGCUCAGGCCUAUAUUCUAUUUUAUUCAGAGCUUAUGCCACGAACACCCUUUCCAAACUGGUAUAAAGAUUCCAUAGCUUCUGUUAGUCCCCACAGCACUACGCCUUAUUCUGUUUCAGAACCCGAAUCAUUGAAAAAUCAGUCUAACAGUCCAUCAUGUUCUAACAAUCAUGAAGGUACUUGCAAAAAUUUCCAAGACAAUUCUGUAUUACAGGAAAAAGAAUCAAAAACAUAUUCAACCAGAAGUUAAAAUGUAGUUAUAGCCCAAGUAAUUCCUUUUUUAAUGCAUUUGUAUUUGAUAUGUAUAUCACACUCAAAAGUUCAUUGUAAAAUUAAAAUCUCUAUUUUCUUUUAGUCAUUUGCCUCUAUACUAAUCAUCAAUAUUGAUUAGUAGUAUUGAAAAUUUUCAUACAUCUAGUCCUUUGUAAAACACUGCAUUUCUUUUUCCUAUAUGUAUUUUGAUUUUGUAAACCAGUUAUCUUCUUAUAGAGGCUUGUUUGCGCCCGAUUCCAGUCUAUCGUUGUGUUUUUUCAAUAUGUGACCUGUAUGUAUAACACAUUCAGUUUUUAUAUACAUAAUUAUGACAUAUAUUUAAUUUUCUUUGUUAAUGAUCAGUGUUUUUUAUUUAUUAUUUAUACAGUAAAUGUUGUUAUCUAACCAACUUUUGUGUGAUAUGAUCACCGAGUUUUUCGUGUGUGCAAUAAUUAAAAAAAGAUAUAUUCUUAAUAAAAUUAUAUCCUACUAAAUUACAGUAUCAUUGAUAAUAGAUGUUUUUUUUUGGGGGGGGAAGGAGGAAAAUUCAACACCAAUUGUUUGCUACUCUUUUUAUGAUGUUUCAGUUGUUGUUAUUACUUAUAGUAUAUUAUCGUUUACAUUCAGUCAGUUUAUAACACAUUCCCUUCUCCUCAUAAUUAAUUUUCUUUUGUUUUGGUCGAAAUUAACUUUCCUACUGUAUGUGCGUGUAUAUAACUGCUUUACUCUUUCCAGUUUGACUUUUGUCUAAAGUUGAUGGCAAAAUAAAAUCUAUAAAUUUCGAUAGU